CACAUACAGACAGAGAGAGAGAGAGAGAGAGAGAGAGAGAGAGAGAGAGAGAGAGCUGUGAAUGGUGAAGUAGCAGGGGAGGGCAGGCAGAGAAAAGGCGAGAGAGAAAGCGGCUGGCCUUUGUAGUCGGCCGAGGAAUGCGGAAACGUCCCUGCUCUGUGUCAAACUCCUCCGGAGGGGGUCGAGGCAACAUUCAGCCCAGCGUGGGAAAGCGACGGGCAGAGCGAGCUCACCGAGCAGCUCAGCGCACCACACUCUCUCCGUUUAGAUGGGAAAAACGCGUACUGGGGGAAAACGACGCACGGUAGAUUAGCCGAGCUGAGGAUAUAAGCAGAUCUCGUUGCGCGCUCACUGAAGGCUUUGGGAGAGAAAAGAAACAGCAAGUCGCUGCGUUAAGCUCAGUGUGCCGGAGUGGCGCAGGCGCUGGCGCAGGCAGGAUGGGGGUUAAAGCGCUGCAGCCGCCGACUACCUGUGUGGCCUCGCUAGGACACUCCGGGAUGUAGAAGGGGGCGAGAGAAUUAAAAAAACGCUUCUGCUAUUCUUCCUUGCAGUUUUUUUUGUUUGUUUUAAUAGACGCAAACGCUUGUAGCGUGAUUUACAUUUCAGUCAGAAACUAAAAGGGGCAACGCACGUGCAGAAGUAGCGCUGUCUCUCCCGGUCAUGGCUUCGUGAAAGAGCCUCACCAGGCACGUUUUCGGGAUUCCCCGGGGCAGGGCUGCACCCAAGCACAAAGACGCCCGUGCCAGAAAGACAAGUAGACAGAAGAAACCAUGGACAAAGAAGUCCUAAACCAGCAGUAUGAGCCCGUGGCUGAGAUCGGCGAGGGUGCGUACGGGAAGGUGUACAAGGCGCGCGACCUGAAGAACGGACGCUUCGUGGCGCUGAAACGGGUGCGCGUGCAAACCGAGGAAGAGGGUAUGCCUCUGUCCACUAUCCGCGAGGUGGCAGUACUGAGGCAGCUCGAGUCUUUCGAGCACCCCAACGUGGUCAGGUUGUUUGAUGUCUGUACAGUUUCUAGAACUGAUCGAGAGACCAAACUGACUCUGGUCUUUGAGCAUGUGGACCAAGACUUGACCACAUACCUAGAAAAAGCACCUGAUCCAGGAGUACCACCCGAAACCAUAAAGGACAUGAUGUACCAGUUGCUGCAGGGGUUGGACUUCCUCCAUUCACACCGCGUGGUUCACAGAGACCUGAAACCUCAGAAUAUACUGGUAACCAGUGGAGGUCAGAUCAAACUGGCAGACUUUGGCCUGGCACGCAUAUACAGCUUUCAGAUGGCGCUUACUUCAGUGGUGGUCACUCUUUGGUAUCGAGCUCCAGAAGUGCUCCUCCAGUCGAGCUAUGCAACCCCGGUGGAUCUGUGGAGCGUGGGCUGCAUCUUUGCUGAGAUGUUCCGAAGGAGACCGCUUUUCCGUGGGAAUUCUGAUGUUGACCAGCUGGGCAAGAUUUUUGAUGUGGUUGGUGUCCCUCCUCCUGAAGACUGGCCCCAGGAAGUGGGUUUGCCUCAGAGUGCCUUUCCCCCUCGUCCAGCUCAGCCUAUAGAAGACCUGGUGCCUGAUAUGGACGAGCUUGGAAAAUCACUUCUACUUAAAUUUCUGUCGUUCAACCCGGGCCGAAGGAUAUCGGCUUAUGAUGCCCUGUCUCACCCAUACUUUCAUAGCCUAGACAGCACCAGCAAGAGUCUCUAUGUGCAACCCUUCCCGAGCAAAAAGGCCUCCCUGGAGGAGAGAGCUGCUUGAAAGACAUUCCUUUUUUAUAGACUUACUGGCACAAGCCCCCUUUUUUAUCUUGUCUUCCAUUGCCACAUUACAUGCUGCUUUUAGGCCUUGUUGAAGUAUUACCACAAAUUUUGGUUGAUGCAUUUUCACUGCAGCUGGUAAUAUCACUGCCUGGGACAAUUUACAAAAAAAAAAAAAACAACAUCAAAAGCUGCUUUCCUACCUGCCUGUCUUCCUUAGCAGGAAGUCCCUCUGCUCAGAUGAAACUCCACUGCCAGAUAUCUGAUACAGCGGCUGCUACACCAUGUUGUCAGGGAUCACUACGUCUUGACGAACAUCAGAAAAAUAUAACUGCCAGGACUUCUUAACUGCCUAAAUCAUACUUCUCUAAAUCAGCAAGUUCACUGCCUGUGACUGCCCCAAUUGGAUUCUAAAAAAACCUAUUAAAAAAUAGUUAUCACUGCUAAUGUGGGUCUGUUGAACAGAACCACACUCUAGAAGAUGGAACUCUUUUGUGCCUGCUCCGAGACUGCUCAGAUUUAUGGGUCAAAGCAUUUAGAUAAAUUAUCUGUUAGUUUAUCCCCCAAGGCUGGUCUUUGUGGACCUUGACAGCAGUGGAGACACAUUUCAAAUCGUGCCUUACAGAAAAGGAGAAAUCAUACGGCUAUGGUUUAACCCUCACCACUGUUGAGGCCUGGUUCACGCUUUAUUAACCCAGGAGACACCCAACACUUCAGGCUGGUUUUCUGGACACAGUCUAAGUCUGGUUUAUGCUUCAUCAUAAAUAUUUUAUAGUACCUCUGAAAAAGGAUUAGUAGACAGUAAGUAGUGAUGACAGACUUAGUCAUAGACUGAAUUUCUUAAUAUGGGAGUUUCACAAUAUCUGUAAGAUAAUGAUUCAUCAUCUCAGCUGUUAACGGUUUUGUCAGACAUAUCAACUGCGACAUCCUAUAUUGUUGUAAAUGCAUUUUUGUAGAUAUUGAUGCAUUUUUACCUUCCAGUGUUCCCAGUGGAUCCUUUAAAACCCUGACCAGGACAAAGUGGUUACUGAAAAUGAACGAAUCAACGAAUUUCCAUAACUCAGUUGAUAUUUUUUAUAAAAGCAACAUUAAGAAAAAAAACAGUUUGGCUGUUAUUCUUACUCCUGUUGAACUCUUGACAAGCUCACUGACAUGUUCCCAAAUUGAUACUGGGAAAUGUAGUUAGCUAAUAACUAAUACAGCCCAACAUUGUGUUUUAGACCACCCUCAGACUGGAAUUUCUUCAAAAAUCUUGUCACAGACUCGAAGCUGCCACCAAUUCCCACUGCUUUCCUCCUGCUAGCCAAUAGAAGCACAACUGGGUGGCCCAUUUGGACAUUUGGUUUUGAAGAUUAACUUUCCUGAAUUUUGUCGCACCCCUCACUCGUCUCUAAAUUGCUUUUAUUACCUCUGGAAAGAAGCAUAAACCAGUCUUGACCAGCAUAGUUUAGUGUCUGGAAACCUGGCUCUUACUCAAGAAUAUAGAAACAUAUUUUAGGCUACAUCUACACAGACUGUUCUUUCUACACUGUUCAUUUAUUUUUUUUAAUAUCAGUGUUGAUUGUUGAUGAAUUAUUGUGGUUAAGUCUUAAUUUUAGUUGACUUGAAGUUGUAUGUGUAAGGGUAUGUCUGACAUGUAUAUUAUACAGUAUUUACAUACUCUGAAGUUGUGUAAAUGGAGUAGUAACUCCUUGUUUAGUGAGUGGGCUGACCCUCACAGGGUAGUAACUAAAGAGGAGUAACUGGCAGGUGCUUAAAGAAAUAAUUGUAGUGCAGUAAUGCUUGAGCAAGUAGAAAAUGUCUAGCUUUAGAGAAUGAAUGAGGUUUUAAAGGUUCUUUUUGAGAGAUUAAGAGUGCUUGAAGAGGUUGAGGAAGGUUAUGUAAUAACUGUGUUUUUUCAGAAAUUUAGGACUUGUACAUUUCCAUUUGACCUUCCAUUAUUUGAUUCACUCAAGUCUGGAUUGAUGAUAGCCAAGUAGAUCAGAGACAUCGUGCUUUUGGUCUGCCUCUUUGCAUGACUUAGAAGGGAGGAAGGAAAGAAGAAGGAAGAAUGCUGCUUUAGUAAUUUAGGAUGUGGCCCAUGAGCCUGGUCCAAGAUGAGGCUAAACAGAAGAGAACAACACCCAGAUGCCAUGCCGUAAACCUUUAUUCACAGGUUCAUCCAGAUAAGCACUGGUGCUUCCUUCAUACACUCAGGAUCACAGUAGAUUCAAUGGUUCAUACUUAUCAGAUAGCUCUAGCUUUACAGUUGAUCUGUGAUGGAUUCCUUUCAUAGUAAAGAAUAAUAUCUGAUAAAUAUAACUCACUACCACACACACUCAGGUCUAUUUAUGGUUGUAUGCAUAGAUUCAACAGGUUUCAUAUCUGUUUCAGUUUAAUCAUUGUUUUAACAUUAGUGUAUAGUAAAUUCAAACUGCAAAUUAGUCACUGUAUUAAUUCCAAAAUAGCAGAGUAAAAUAAAUGUUGCUGUCAAGCUAUUUAUGGCUAUAUUUACAUAUGUUACAUGUUACAUUACAUGUUCAUCGGAUUACUGGUAUCAUUAGACGUUUUAAUAAUUAACACUGUUACAGUCUGAACUUUAUUUAUGAACGUUUGCAAUUAUUAAUUUCUUAUAGUCUAGGAAACUGGACUUGGGUUUUAAUCGUGAAGACAUCUCACCAUUUGUCUGUUGUGCAACAUAAACACUGACCAGUGUAGUGAGGAAUUUACAGAGUUGUAUGUUAAUUAAACAAAUUAACCACUUAGAUAAACAGGAGAACAAAUUCCUCUGGCCAGGACCCAGCUGUCUAACUACACCUGAAAGACAGGCAACAUCGUUAAUCUGCAACACCACUGAUGGCCUAUUUACAUUGCCGACGUGACAUAUUUACCCCAGACGUUUUACAUCAAUUCACACUUGCAGAUCUAAGAGUUACUCCAGUCUCAUUAUCUCCAGGUGUAGGGUAGUGGGAAAUUUCCAAGCAUUCAGCAGAGCUGACGAAGCCUUCGUGAUUAAAAUGCAAGUCCAUAGAGGAUUACAAGACAUUCAGGACAUGUAUAUGUGUGGCGGUUUGGGAAAAACUCUGUCAGAUAUUGCAGCGGCUGAACCUGAAAAUCAGCCAAAAACAAACGAAAAAAGGUUUUGACCAAAAUUGGGUUCUUCAGACUUUAACAUACAUAAGGACCUUAUGAUAAUAAAUCAUACAUGUAUUUCACCCAGAAACAAUAUUUAACAAAAAAGUGGCAGUUUAACAAAAAGGUCUGCCAAAAACCUUGUUAACUGAGUGUGAUUUCCAUUGACAGGAAAUGCUGUAGUGAAAUGCAUUUAAAGUUACAAUUCUUACAGUAUUUAAUCAUAUACUGUCAAAAUAUCCAUAAAGCUCCUUUACUGCAUGGACUUGUAAUGACAAGGGUUUCCCCAAGUCCCCACACAUGUGGAUUUAUAAUAAAACAUGGGAUGAUGGUUGCUGUUUCUUCUGACAUUUUACUGCUAACAUUCCUUCAAUUUUUUUCGUUUGUUUGUUUGUUUGUUUGUUUCUUUGUGUGUGGUGUUAAAAAUCUCUUCUCUUUUGGGCAGUUCCUCAACACGAUUGUUUGUACAAACACAGGAUGUACUUUCCCUCUUCCAAAAAUGACGAGCAAAUGAGGAUUUUUUUUUAGUGGGCAUUAGAUGUCACAAAGUACGCAUAUUCAGACAAGAAAGUGCCAAUCGUUUAAUUACAGAUUUCAUUGAGCACUAAGUCUUUUCUCUCACACAUAAAGUCCCAGUGGCUCAGAAUUAGUGCUGCGUUCAAGAAUAAAGCUUUGGAAUGUAAACUUUUAGAAUAGUAACAAAAUUUGAAUGUUGACAUGACAUUUCAACAGAUUGCACCUUGAAAAUCACACAUCUCACCAUUUUGUGAAAUGUGAAACAUUAAAAAGGCUUUCUAAUGGAACUUCCUUUAUAAUUCUCAUUUGCUACCAAUAUUAUUACAUGAGGGUGAAGUAAAAAAUAAAUAGAACUAUUUCUCUUUUGUUUGUAAUUGUUUGCUUUAAUUGGAAAAUGAAAUGUAAUCAGUUGAUUUUAUUUAAUCAUUUAUAAAUGAUUUAUUAUAAAUUUUUUUUUAUUGAGUUUGCUGGAUAUUGGUACUUUGCUUUUGUUUUUAUUUCGUAUCUUCCUUAUAUUUUGCCUCUGCUUUAUUUUUUUUAUUUAUUGGCAUUUUAAUAGAAAUACGUUAAGAUUGUUGAGUGAGAACGAAACCUGCCUAUUUAUCUGGUGGUGCAUUGACGGUGCUAUGAUAUAACAAUUUCUUAAACUUGAAAUGGAAUCACUAUCAAUAUGGGGCAAAUCUUGUUUAUCGAAACGCAAGAGUGAACAUUCAAGAUUUCAGUAUUUCUUGAUUUUUUCAACAGACAUAUCCCAUAGAAAACAAAUGCAGUAAAUUUGAAAUACUUUAUAAUAAAAGGUAAUACAGCUGAUACAUAAUUUGCCUUAAAUUCCACACAUAACCAACAUACUUCCUGUGCAGGUCAAAUCUGUACCUCUACUAAAUUUCACAAAUUUUCUGAAAGUCGAAUAACUACCUUGUUUAAAGCCGAAUCCAGUACUAUAAUGAACUAUUAUUGCUCUUUUUUUCCAUUUUAGUCUUUUCAUCACACAUAUGGACUCCGUUGUAUGUUGUAUUUCACUGGAAAAUUAAGAACUUUUUCAAGUUUGCAUUUUUUUUUUCUUUCCAGAAUUUCCAUGUCUUUAACCUAAUAACAAAAAUAGGCCAUUUUUUUUUUGCAUUACUAUUAUACUUUGUGUCUCUGUGUUAUCUUUACCUAAUUGAUCAUUCAUUUUGAUAUUUACUGAUUUGUUUUGUUGCUUAAUUUUUCUGCCUAGCAGCUUUUAAACAAUACACAGUAACCAAAAGUAGGUUUUAUUCAGUGAUGUGUUUUUGUCAUUAGCUGUCAGGAUGGUGUGUGGAUUUGUGAUCUACAAUGUUUGUUUCACUAACUUUGUUUGACUCUUUAACAGUUCCUAAAAUGGUACUUAUAACACAUGUGGUUUAUAACGCAUGCAUAGAAGCAGUGAAAUAUUACAGAUUUCUUUUUAUUUUUCAACUUUAUUUAUUUGCCCAGUUUUACUGUAUGGAAGACGUCACAUAUUCAUCAUCAGCUUUCAUUUUUGAGAAAUUGAGAUAUUCGGCAGCUUUUCGUGAGACCUAAUAUGACAGAUAAAUAUCAUUUUCUGUUAACAGUUCCUAAUAUAAACCAUUUUUUAAACCAUAAAAAGGCUACUGUCAGUGGAUUUACACCUUAUCAUUUGAGCAUUUGUUUACUUUUACCACUGAAUAUACCCAAGAUUUCCCUGAACCAAAUUAAGGUGAAAAUACCAUUACUGGUUAUGGCACCGCAUCAUUUUUAUUUGAUCUCACUUUUUAUUCUCCCCUUAUUUUCUUGCAUAAUUUAUUUAUGGGCAAGAUUUUGUAUUUGUUUCAUUGUUUGUUUGUUUGCUGCUAAUUUUUCACAGCUUGGCUCAAAUAUAUGAUAAAAGAAAAAUGACCCUUCUAAAUUUGAUGCCAUCGUUAAAUAAGGCUGCUUUGUGCUCAUGUGUUGCAUGUGUAACUGCCUGACAAUUUUUUUGUUUGAUAUUUUUGUCCUUUAAAUAAAUAUUUUAAAAUGA